ACAGACAACAGUUUUAGCCAUUCAUAUAAAACAAUUAAAAGAUAAAAAUGCAGACACUUCCAAAGUACAAAAAUUGUCGCAUUAUGAGAAAACUAUGUUGGAGACGUUGAAGUUGAAGUUGUCAUUAGUGCACACUAUGAUCUCAAAUACAAAAGAUGAAGAAAGAAGAGAUUUUAUGAAAAAAGCUGUAGAAAUAUGUGCUGAAGACAUUAAAACAGUAGAUGUCUUAUUAACAGAUAAAACUAAACAAGAUUUCCAAAUUUCUUAUGGAUGUCUGACAGGAAAGAUGGGAUUAUUAUGUUAUAAUCUCGAUUUAAUGGACUAUAAUAUUUAUUUUGCCCAAGUAAGCUGUCAACAGUUAACCAGAUAUUGUACAGCUUGUCCAACUCUACAAGUAGCGCGUAUAGAUGAGACCAAUCUGUGGGUGGUGUAUGAUAAUUUAGUAGAAUAUUAUAAAAGAUCAAAGAAAUGGAAAUGUGCGAUGGAGACAGUUGUUAAAGGUGUAUUAAUUGAUUCUAGACAUUUAGCAUCUUUUGCUAAACGAUGGGUACAGAUCAAACUCUCCGCUCUAGAUGAUGGAUUGGAUGAAUAUAUUAAUAUGAAUUUAAGAUCUACUACUGAAAGUUGUGAAUUUAUAAGUGAUGAGUUACUAAUAUCUUUCCUGAAAGCUGAGUUACAAGUUUUUCAAAAGAAGAAAAGUGUAGUUGGUAUUAAUUCUACAUUAAAACAACUAGUAGAUGUUUUAACUGAUAAAUGUGAGAAGACAACAUAUUGUAUUUUAUUAGCCAGUAAUAAUCAAAUAGAUAGUGAUGAAACUACCACUGAGGAUUAUCUAAAUGUUGCAUUGUCUUUAAUGCCAACAGAAAAGAAAGCUACGAAACUAGAAAAAAUACUAAUUGGCCAGAUCUAUUUGUGGCAGUAUAUACAUAAACAUGAAGAAGCCUGUUCUAAGGUAGCAGUUGAAGAAACACAAAAAGGUGACAAAUUAUCAAAAAAUAAUGAAGAUGAAGAGGCAUCCAUUGAAACAAAACAACUUUUUACAUUAGCUGAUGAAGAAGACAUGGUAGUCAUUUUGGAUAAAGCUGUUAGCUUAUGGCAGGAAUGUUACACUAUUAGUUUUGAUGAUCCAAUGAAAAAACAGUAUUUUAUUGAGUCCUUACAACUCUGUUCCUCUAUAUAUAAUUCCCUUAAAAGGCCUGUGAAAGAAGCUCAAGUUCUGGCAAUGUUAAACAGGUUAUGUGAGGAAGGGAAUGAAAGUUUGAAACAUAAAAUUAAUAUGGAUGUGGUACGAUUAUUGACAUCACUGGGACUGUGUAAAUCAGCUGUAGAACAGUUAGCUAAUAUACAACAUUGCUAUACAGAUACAUCAACUUUACCAGUUAAUGAUCAACUAUUAUACCAUAUCCGUAAAAUACAAGCUACUUUAUCAUUGGUUGUAAAAGGAAAGAAUGAGGAGUUAUUACAAGAUUUAGACGAUAAUUUAUCACAGAGGCAGCAGUCAGAUACAACUACAUGUUUACUGAAAGGCAUAAUCAACAGAUUGUUGUCAACGGUAACUUCCUUACAGAAGGGAGAUCACUUCCAUACAAUUCAUUAUGCAUUAGACCAUGGACAUGAUGCUGUUAGACUUCAUACAAGCGUUACUCAAUUUUUUCUGGGUAAAAAAUACAAAGGUGGCAGUUAUCAACAAAAAUGGUUAAUAGUAAAUGAAUUGUUAGAAUCACUGUUAAAUUUAGCUCAGAUGUACCGAUUUAUUGGUGAUGAUUCCUUGGCUAGAUGUUACACUCGUGAAGGUAUACGUGUAGCUCAAGGUUUACUGUUACCAAGGUGGUAUUUGUUGUUUAUGUUUGAAAUGACCCGAAUCCAUAGUAUUACUUGUUGUUUAAAAGAUUCUCAAGAAGUUUUAAAGAACAUAGCCUCUAUUCUUCACCCUGAUGACUCUAUGAAACCAACUGUCACUUUUCCGUUUUAUGAUGAUAAAGUAAAGACAUGUGAACUAAAAAUUUCUCAACGUAAAAGAAGUCUUGUUGAGGAUUGUUUUGGUUUUGAGAGUAUACGAGAUGCAGGAGUUCAUCAUUUUUCUGGUAGCCAUAUUGAUCUUGAUCUUGCGGAAAUGCCAGUAGAAUUGGACUUGCCCAAAGUUUUUAUCCCAGACCAUAGUUCCAACUGUUUGUGUGUCGUGUGUAAAGAUGAAUCACUUUUAAACUUUAAUGCUAGAUACUGGUUCCACCUAGGAGAAGUCUGUUACCAUAACCAAUAUUAUUCACAAGCAGUGAGUCUGCUAAACAAAGUUAUUGAAUGGCACAAACAAUCCAUGCCAAAACUCUCAAAGAAACUUAUUCAGAUCGAACAGACUUUGGUACCAUCUGUAACAAUGAAUGAUAAACUAGCCCUGCCUGAUUUUAGUUUAAUUCUUUGUGAAUGUUACUGCCUGUUAGCCGAAUGUUCUAUCCAUUUGUAUUCAGACGAUGCAUCUAAGAACAUGUGUAAUGAAGCCCUGAAAACUUUGGAGUCUUUUAACCUCGAACAUCCUGAACAGAAUUUGUUGCGUGCCAGAGUCAAUAUGUGUCUAGUUCAACUGGAACUUAGCCACAUAAGUACAUUAUCAUAUGACUUAACUUCAAAUCUUGGAAAUUUGUGCAUUACCGAAAAAAAGUCUGUUGACCCAAGUCAAGAUCUUUGUGUUCAAUUUGAAAAGUGUCAUUUAGAGGAAAAUAAACACACGGACAAAGCAGUAUCUAAACAAAAGAGCAAAGAUAGCAAUAAACAUAAACAAAAGAAAUCUAUGAGAAAAAUUAAAUUUGAUUCUCCAGAUCUUCAAAUCAAAUCAAGUGACUCACCUGAUUUACCAACAAUGGAUGAUACAAUAGAUUCAGAAAAAGUUGCUGACGUGAGCUUUGAAGUCAUACCCAACAGUCCUGAAACUACCUCUCACGUUUUGUUCAGCAAAACUCCACUUGUCUCAUGUAAAAAAUCAAGGAAAAAUACUUGUAGUUUGAAUGUAACCUCAUCAAGUCCUUCUUCAGACGAAGUUUUUGUCAUGGAAGAUGAACAGAUAAAUAGAACAAUUGACCAAAAAGAAAAUGAACCAACGACAAAAAAAUCCAGUCGUAAGAACAAACCCUGUUCUGAAAUAAAAUCCAGAAGUUUGAAAACUUCUGUUAACAAUUUACAUGCUCAAGAUGAAUCUUCAGUCACAAGAACAAACGGUAGAACAAAAAGACAAGCCAGAGGUCGAGUUGAUAAAACUUAUUGUGAAUUAGACGAUUCCAAUAUUGAAACAGAAUCAAAUGGGAAAGAAGAGUUGGAAAUAAAAUCAAGAAUACCAAGACUGAAAAUAUAUUCUCCUGGCGAACAACCUCCAGAAAAAGAAAAACGAUCCAGAAAAAAAGUUUCUACAACAGUUGAUAACCAUGUAAAAGCUACUCCGAAAACCAAAGGCAUAAGCAUGAAAAAAUCUACGCUAAAUAUUGAUAGUGAAGAGGAUGAAGCAGAAGAUGAAAUUCCUGAAACAAAGUCUAGUCGAAGCAUUCGUAAAUCCAAGGCCACUACCUCAAAAUUAACAGAACCUCGAUCUCGUGUUAAGAGAUCUUCUAAAAAACAAACUGAAGAUUUAGAAAUCAUGCAAGAUAUUUAUGAAUUCGAUGAAGCUGGCUCUCCCAUUAAAACUAAAGGUGCAUCUAGAAAAAAAAGUGGGAGAUCAACAAAAAAGAAAGUGGAAGUGUGUAAAGUUGAAAAGUUAAGAAACUCUGAAAAUGAAACUGAAGAUUUAGAAAUCAUGCAAGAUAUUUAUGAAUUCGAUGAAGCUGGCUCUCCUGUUAAAACUAAAUGUGCAUCUAGAAAAAAAAGUGGGAGAUCAACAAAAAAGAAAGUGGAAGUGUGUAAAGUCGAGAAGUUACGACACACCGAGAAAACUCCAGAGAUAACAUUUAGUCAUGUCACUGAUAUUAGGAUUGUAAUGACUUCUCCCCCUCUGUCUGACCAGAAUAACUUUCUUCAUUUGUCGUCUGCUGUGGUGGAGCCAGAAUUAUUUGAAGAAGAAAUAGAAAUCCUGAGAGGAAGGAAUAUUAAAUCUGGAAAGACAAAAAAUUGUAAAUCAAAAGUCAAUGUCGUAAAGGAAUCUGUAGAAGUUUUGAGAUCAGAUGAAAAUACCUAUGACGUUAACGACAAAGAGAGUGUUACUUCUUUUUCUCAAAACAUUUCCUCCAAAACAAAUGUUGAUCAUUCUCAUCUUACUGUAACAUUGUUAAAGGCCUAUGAACAAGUUCGACAUUUUCCUGCUAGCCCAUCAUAUCCAAUGAUUUGUAAACUAUUGGCGUUACAGUAUAUACAUACCAGUCCCGAUAAAACAGCUUUUUACCUCACAGAAUCGGCAGCUGUAACAUUCCGUCAUCAAAUAUUAGUAGAUGUGGGUAGAAAAAUCAGGAAAUUAAAGAAAGAGAAGACUGUAGUAACAAGUGAUGGUGGUACGGAUAUAAAGAUGUAUAAUGAUGUCCGUCAAUCUCUAGUAUUUGAUAAAGAUAAUGUUGAUAUAACUACCAUGUUAAAUAAUCUACCAUCAGAAUGGACGGUAUGUCAGUUGUCUGUAGUAGAAAAUAUGGGUAAAACAUCACAAAUGUUAUUAACAAGAUUUACAAAAGAAGUUAAACCUAUUACAGUUCAACUCCCAGCUUUUAUUAAUAAACAGGGUAUUAAUCUAUUAGAUGAAUUUGCCUGUAUUAUGGACGCCAGUGCCGAGAGUAUGAAACUUGUGGAUAAAUAUGAAUUUUGGAAAAAUCGUAAACUUAUUGAUGAAAGGUUAGAGGAAUUUCAAGAUAAUAUGCAGAAAGAAUGGUUAGGUUUGUGGAGAAAUCUUUUACGUGCACAAAUAAAAGAUAAUGAUGAAGUGUAUAAAUUAUGUAGAGAGACUAUGGAUAGUUUAGAUGGUUAUCAUCUUUCUAACUCAGAUAAAGAUAUUAUCAAGGUAAUAAUUACCAUAUCAGAGGGACUGUCUUGUGUGGAAAUAUUAGAAAUGUUAUCCAGGCUCUUAAACACAGAUGAUAAAACAGCUAUAAAAAACAUUGGUGCUAAAAUUCAACUUGCUUCAGAGAAACUUUCUUUUACCACUUUACACAGAUAUCCAGUUAUACUUAUACUCGACAAAGUUAUUCAACAUCUACCAUGGGAGAAUAUAGGAGUAUUACGCAGCCACUGUGUAACUAGAAUACCAUCAUUAUAUUAUUUAUCUACACAACUAACAUCUUUACGUAAUGAUACCAGUAAUAUAUAUAAUUGUGGUGUUAAUCCAGAUAAUACAUAUUAUAUCAUUAAUCCCGAUAACAACUUACCUUCAACACAAGAAUUCUUUCAAACAGCAUUUAAAGAGAAAACUGGUUGGAAAGGUAUAGUUGGUGAACGGCCUACAGCUGAUCAAUUCUCUAAAGCUUUAACUCAGUAUGAUCUCUUUAUAUAUUGCGGUCAUGGUGAUGGUGGUAAAUAUUUGUCUGGUGAAGAACUACAGAAACUACGAUGUAGAUCAGCGGUUAUAUUAAUGGGUUGUAGUAGUGGUUUAUUAAAAUCUAAAGGAUAUUUAGAUGUAUUUGGUACUGUUAUGUAUUACUUCUUAGCUGGUUGUCCCUGUGUUGUGGCUAAUUUAUGGAAUGUUACAGAUAGAGAAAUUGACAGGUUUUCUAAGAGUUUAAUAGAUAUAUGGCUAGAAUCAGAAAAUGGGACGAGUUUAGCUGAUGUUUUACCUAAAGCUCGUGAAGCUUGUCGUCUGUUAAAUCUAACCGGUUCAGCACCAGUAGUAUAUGGUUUACCCGUUUCUAUAAAUAAGUCAGUUGCAUAAAAAGUUAGCUAUAACAACAUGAUCAGCUCCAUUUUCACCAUCCAACCUCGUGGGUUUUCUCCGGUUCCUAUUGUUUCCUCCCACUGCUAAAGACCCCUAUGCGUAAGCAAACUAUUGAAAUAAAAUUAAACCAUAUGUUUGUCCCGAGUGGACGUUAAACCCCAUUUCUCUCUCUCUCCAUUUACACCAUUAGAUUUCUAUAUAAUUAUUUCACAAAGAAGCCAAUGCUUUUAUGACAAUAAUAUUUUGUCAUUAAUCAGCAUUCAGUAAUUCUAAAUGAACUAAAUAAACAUAUUUAUUAAGAAACUGGGCUAAUGAAGACGGGCAUACACCAUACAGUGUGCUAUGAGGGAAAUUUUGCCCGGGCAGCGGCGCUACGGCCUACUCUUAUAUCGAAUUCCAACUGCCAAGGGAUCUUUUACGUGCGACUAGACAGACAGCUGUCCUUCUCAUAUUUAUUAAGAGAAUCGGACAGUUGAAGCAUUUGUUAUAUGCAUCCCCUCAACUAUUAUCUCUUAUUUAUCUCUUGAAAUACCACAGAGUGUGGUGGUAGGAUAUAGUCAAUUAUAACGUUUGUUUGCAUACUACUUGAAUAGCUUCAAUUUUCCAUAAAAUGGGAUUGUGAUCUAUUCCAAAUUUUAUAUCUUUAUUAUUAAGAUUUUAAUACAUUUUGUGAAUAAAUUUCAUAGUGUGGGCAUAUUUUAACAAUGUUGUAAACUGCUGGUGCCCAUUUGUCCUCUCACACUUGGUUAACACUCUGGAAGCCACACUGAUCAUAAGGUCAUGCUGAAAUGUUAGAAGGCUCAUUUCAUUGAAAGGGUGAGGCCUGUUGAAUUUGAAUCUUCCCAGAUUUACUCACCUUAUUUACAAAGCGGUGUUAACUGUCUAUUUCUUUCCCUAUGAUAGUGCUGAUUAAUUUCUCUAUAUACAUGUAUAUAAUUAUAAAGAUUGUUAAGAGCAUGUAGUUUUUGUUGUUUAUAAGCAUGGAAGUUAGUGUUAGCAGCAUACCCCUAAUAAAUGUACAUAAAUUAUUAUAAAUUUUAGUUUUAACAACAUAGACUAAGUUUAUUUGAAAAUAUAAACUACCAUUAAAUGUCAUGUGUUGUUUCUGUCAUGUAUUUUUAAAACACAAUUGUAUUAAUUGCUUACUUAAUAUAAAUGUUUUUUUGUAAAAUAGAUAUAAUGUAA